GGCGGGGCCGGCGGUGGGCGGGGCCAUCCGGGCCGCGCGGGGGUGGGGCCGCGCCUGCGCGCUGCGGCGCUUCCGUCGCGGCCCGAGGGCGAGCGGAGGCGGGAGCCAGGCCCAGCCGCGCCGAGCCCCGCCGAGCCCCGCCGAGCCCACAGCCAUGGCCAGCUCCCCGGUGUCCCGCGUGGUGUACAACGGCAAGCGGAGCGGCGGCCCGCGCUCCCCCGGCGCCGGCAGCGAGAUCUUCACGCCGGCCCACGAGGAGAACGUGCGCUUCAUCUACGAGGCCUGGCAGUGCGUGGAGCGGGACCUGCGCAGCCAGGCGGGGUCCGAGCGCGGCCUGGUCGAGGAGUACGUGGAGAAGAUGCCGAACCCGAGCCUCAAAGCGUUCAAACCCGUUGACCUGGGUGAUCUGAAGAGGAGGAGCACACAGGAUGCGAAGAAGUCCUAAGGCGAGUCCUCCUGUGGAUCGGCUGCUCUCCUAAGGUCCUCAAGCAGAUUUAAUUUGAGAUUUUGUGUUGGUUUCUUCCUCUGGUCUGUACUCCCAAAAGCCCGCAGGAGAGCCGGUCGGCUCUGGGGCUGGUUCUGAGGCUGCGUGAAAGCAGAGACGCUCGGGGGCUCACCGAGGAUGCCCAGAGCCUCUCGCAAAGGAUCCCAGUCCCCCCUGCUGGCCUUCUCUGUCCUUCCCCACUUCACGCUGGGCUCACGGAUCUCCUGCUCGUCUUCCAUCCCUGCCCCACCGCGCUGGGCUCCCCGGGCGCUGGCGCACGCAGGGCAGAGCGCAGCAGCGGCGUCGGCGGAGGCAGCUCCAGGUCUCUGCUCCCGCCUGUGCGCCGAGGAGCCGCAGCCGUUGGGGUGGGCCGGGGGAGCAGGAGGGAGAGCUGGUUCUGCCCUGGUGCCCCGGGACAGACCGGCAGCCCCGGUUCAACACCCUUCGUGCUGGGCAGGUCUCACCGGCUGCGCUGGCUCCCUGGCCGGGGUGGCUGCGGGGACCUGGGGCUCGUCGGUGCUGCCGGAGCUCGCGGGUCCGUGACCAAGGCCGGAUUUCCUUGUGCUUAGGCUGGACCAGGCCCCUGUGGUGCUGGGGAUGGGGCUGCUCUGCUCUCCCUGCAGAGAGGGAUGGGGUGUCAGCGCUGGCCCCAGCCCCCUGUGCCAUGUUCAGCCCGCCUGGCCUCGGUGCUCUGGCAGCUCCGGGGCAGCUGGUGCUGACUGUGCGGAAAGCAGCUCCUUGGCGCCCGGGCUGCACCGUGCUGUUCCGUACUGACACCAUUUUCCAGCUGCGCACCUUGGCAGAGAUCUGGCCCUGCAGCUGGCAGAGCUGUCACUGCGUGGGGGCUGCUGUGGCCGCUGUGACCCGCCUGGGGGCUUUUUGGGACCCCCACCCCUGGCAAGGCUCAGGGGGUUUCUGCAUCACCUGAGCCCGGGAGAGCGACGGUGCCGUUGUGGGCUGUCUGAGCGGAGCAGCCGUGUCCCCCGCUCUGUGCCCCCAGAACAGCGGCAGGGUGGGAGCAGCCCCUGCCCGCCAUGCCCAGAGCCGGCGGGGAGGGGGUGCAGGGGCUGGGGCUGCCGUUGCCUUUCCUUUGAGUCCUUCAGCUGUACUGUUCCUUUUUUUCUGUUGUCUGUUACCUGAGGAGUGUUGUAAAUAAAAGCUGGUGUCCUUUUG